AUGAAAGUCUAGAAGGACAGAAAGAAUUUCGUCUCCUAAUCAGAUACAAACCUCCCAAAAGAACAAUAAUUUGAGUUUGAUUUUAACAACAAUAGGAGCCAACAACAGUUCAGAUCUGAAAGAGCCAAAAAGUGAAUUGAGAGUUCAAUUCAAUCACAUUAAUUUUUGAAUAGUACUUUAUAACACAGGUUGGUGUCGACUCUCUGUUUCGGUUAUCGCUUUCCAACACCUUUCAAUAACUUUUACGUUUCGUGAUUUUCAAGUCUCUCUCUCUCUCUCUAUAUAUAUAUAGGUACCGAGUUUUGGUUGAAUCAGAGCUAUGGCAAAUAAUUCUUCAAAUGGGGAUCAUCAGACACCCAAAAAGCCACCUCCGCCUCCUUCCCCAUUGCGGUUUUCUAAAUUUUUUCAGUCUAAUAUGAGAAUCUUGGUUACUGGUGGAGCUGGAUUCAUUGGUUCUCAUUUAGUGGACAAAUUGAUGGAAAAUGAAAAGAAUGAGGUAAUUGUCGCUGAUAAUUACUUCACUGGUUCAAAGGACAAUCUUAGGAAAUGGAUUGGUCAUCCAAGAUUUGAGCUUAUUCGUCAUGAUGUGACAGAGCCAUUGUUGGUUGAGGUUGAUCAGAUAUACCAUCUUGCAUGCCCAGCUUCACCAAUUUUUUACAAAUACAAUCCUGUGAAGAGCCAAUCUAAUAUGCCAGCAUACGUACUCCAACAGACAAUAAAGACAAAUGUGAUUGGCACACUGAACAUGUUGGGACUUGCCAAGCGAGUUGGAGCAAGGAUUUUGCUUACCUCAACCUCAGAGGUAUAUGGAGAUCCUCUGGUGCAUCCCCAACCUGAGACCUAUUGGGGCAAUGUUAACCCAAUUGGAGUUCGGAGUUGCUAUGAUGAGGGGAAGCGUGUUGCUGAGACUUUGAUGUUUGAUUAUCAUAGACAACAUGGAAUAGAAAUACGCAUUGCUAGAAUUUUCAACACAUAUGGGCCCCGCAUGAAUAUUGACGAUGGACGAGUAGUUAGCAACUUCAUAGCUCAAGCAAUUCGUGGUGAACCAUUGACAGUUCAGGCUCCUGGAACACAGACACGCAGUUUCUGUUAUGUCUCUGAUAUGGUUAAUGGACUUAUCCGACUCAUGGAAGGUGAAAACACAGGACCAAUCAACAUUGGAAACCCAGGUGAGUUUACCAUGAUCGAACUUGCUGAGACGGUGAAGGAGCUUAUUAAUCCUCAUGUGGAGAUAAAAAUGGUGGAGAACACUCCCGACGAUCCAAGGCAAAGGAAACCCGACAUUACAAAGGCAAAGGAAUUGCUAGAAUGGGAGCCGAAGAUCAAGUUGCGGGAUGGGCUUCCCCUCAUGGAGGAAGAUUUCCGCCAGAGACUUGGAGUUCCCAAGUAGUAAUGAAAUGGCAGUCUUAGGUGUGCUGAGAGUGAAAUUUUCAGACAAUUUUCCAUUUGACAGAGGGCUUUUCUGGUAGCUUCACCAGUUUUUGUUUGUCCACGAUGUGUUUUCUUACUAUUUUUUGAUAAUUUCUCUGUGAUCUAGGUAAAUAAAUGGUAGUGAUUUCUAUUUUUUUUUAUACCUUUUUAAUUAUGGACUCUGAUACUUUGAGAACAUUGCUCACUUGAGUUUGGCCACCACCUAUUCAGGCUUAAGUUUAUUCUUGGUUAAAAAUAAAUAUUUGAUAUUCACUC